AUAUCUACAGUUGUUUACUAACUUAGUUCGUUUUCUACUGUUAAAUUGCUGUGUUAAACUGUCAAUUUUUUUUCUAGCCUAAAGCAAGUUGCAUUCUAUUUUUCUGGGAAAUCAUGGUAUGACUUCAUCUCUUCUGGGAAAUGAAUUAGGGAACUAGGCAACAAAAUGUGAAAGAAAACAGUAGAAACACAUUCAACUAUUGGUAUUAAUCUAUAUCAGGUGUAUCUUUUUCUUCUUUCUUCGGGCUUCUCAGAGUCCCAAUCCCCGCUAACUAGCCAAUCCCCACACUGAAUCAUUUCAGUUGUGGAGUGCCUCUUUCUAGAUCUGUCCCUUUUGUUUCGAUGGUGAUUUGCUGGGUGCAUCACUGCACUCAUGCAUUAUUCUGCUUUGGUGUUUCCGUGUUUGCUUGGUUAAUAAGAGGCUGUGGACUGGUUAAUAAGAGGCUGUGGACACAGAGAGAAUAGACCACCCUGUGAGUACAUUAAAGAUGAGCUCAUGAUAACAGUUCUGUGUGUGAUGUGGGAGCCAGCCUCCUGUCAAGCUGUUCUUUCAAAUGACUGCUUUUGUUGUCACAGCUGCACUGUGGUAGUACAUCACUUGUCCUAUUAACCAUUACUUCAUAGUCGCACACAGGCAGCUUUGUCCCCGGCUCUGACACAUACAUUACACACCCAUUUGGUGCACAAUAUUGGAUAAGGUUUCAGUGCACACACUCUGGCAGCUGUUGAUUGCUAGCUAUAAACAUAUGUACAGGCAUGUACUGCACAGAGUACGGCACAGACUCCCCAAGCACAAACAAAAGCAGGCUUAAAGAGUUCACACCGACUCAAAUGGCAGCUAAACAACAGAGCAGACAACCUAGUUUUCAUAGCUUUAUUUUUGGAAGAUUUGGGGAUUUCUAGAUAAAGAUCAAUGAUUUAUGCAAACCCGCCCCCAAAUAGAUCCAAUGACAAACUUUUCUCCAAAGAGCUGCUUCAAAGGUGAGCUGUCUACAAUGUUCCCAAAAUUAGGUAUUCUGUAUAUUCAUUGUGGCUACACUAACACUAUGGGAUUGUGGGGUGAAAUAUCCUCCAUUUUAGUGUGGCUGUCAGAUUCCGGCCUCACCCCGGUGUGAUAAUCAGUGCUUUGGUUACAGUUCUACUCAUUGGCGUGGACAGAUGGCUGCUGGCCGGGCCCUGCAUUUAGGUCAUCCACAAAGUGAGCUCACAAACACACUUUGUGACGUCAUCAUGCCAUAACUGCAGUGCAAAUGUCCCAUUGGAUCUAUUACUGUUAGAGAUGGCUCAGAAUGAAGUACCCCAAAGUAAUGUUACUGUUAUCAAAAGUGGUCUAAAGUCAAACUGCCAAACCCAUAUUCAAUGCCGACAUCUCUUGUGCAAAUUCUACAUGUGCCAGGAGGCAUCUGUGCAAGCCUUAAUCCCUAAGCAAAGGGAAGGAUUGGUACUAUAUAGUUCCAUCUAAUUAUAUGAGAGACUCAUUAACAUACAAUUGUUUUCAGAAGAAGUAGCCUAAUGUGUGUAAGAGGUUUUUACUGAUCAGUUCUGGUUGUUGCCAUGACCUCCUAUCCUUCUUGACUGAGGGAUACAAGUCUCAUGUCUGCUCUGCCGCCUGCUGGGGUUCUACCGGUGAGGGGUUAAACUGAGGAUGGGAGUUUUCCGGUGUGAACUCAAUGCCGUGCUGCUCUCUGUGUCCUCUCUCUUCGUAACCACUGAGAGUCUUUCAAUUUUGCUUCAAAGCGAGAUGAUGCAUUGGUUUUAUUAGGCUGUAUCCACAAAGGCAACGAGCAGCUCGACAAAGAGGAGGUCUGUGGUGAACCAUCCCCAGGUUGAAAGUAGAUUACUCCUGGAUUAGGAAAGUGAUGAUUCACAACAACAAGUCUUUGAAUAAUCUUUGUGAAUGUCAUUUAGUUACAGGCUGUUGCAAUACUACCUACUAUCAGAAUAUGCUUCUUUCUAUGAUCCACCAAUGAAUAUUAAUAUGCACCUGCAGCAUACAUUUCAAUACCGAUUACUGUUUUUUAUAUUUGUAAUAAUUGUACUCUUUUGAUGCUUAGCUGGUAGCCUAAUUUGGUUUUAGGAAUAACCUGUUAAUUAGGCUUACUCUUUACUACUAAAAUGUGCGUAUGGAAAGAGAUGGCCUUCUUUAUUAUGUGGGAAGGAGGCAGCGUUUGGUCUUGCACUGGUGGCGUUCCUUUUCUAUGAUUACUGGGCUUUCUUAUCACUGUACAAAAAAUGGGUUUUCCGCGCAGUCGUAACUGUGCAGAUCUUUUUUCAAACUUCUUUCGUCAGCCAGGCUACUUUCCCUACUUCUCGCUAAAUAAUACAAGUUUAAUCAAUUUGCAAUUAUAAUUAUCGUUGCUGUGGUGGAUACAUGUUCUCUUUUGCCUACCAAUGACUUUCAUAUACAGGAUAUUACAUGUGCCUGUGGUGAUUGGGGAAAAAUCCUCUACUGCUUCUCUGCUUGCCUAGGCUAGCUGUAUCCUUACCCUUUGGUAGAUCCUGAGCACUGGUGAUUGAGUCAUUGAUUGACAGCUUGCGUGUGGUGUGGGGGUGAACCCACCAUCCACUCCUUUCUCACACUCCUGCCCUGCCCUGAGUGUGCACGCUGUUUAGUGGGUGUUGCCAUGGUGUCGCAUGGCCAGAAUGAGGCUUCACACACGGCAUCUUGUGUUCUCUUCACAGAGGGCUGCUGAGCAGAGCCGUGGUGGCACUGACAAGCCAAACUCAGUAGGAUAAAUGCAGCCUCGUGGACUGAUGGGCAACUGUCUGUCUGGGGAUCUCUGUCUGGGGCUGUGGUCAUGUCUCUAGACGGACUAACAGUCGAAGGACAAACAACCUUACCAAAAAAAAGGAAUAUUAGGAUUUUCCAUCAACUCUUGUUGUGAAGGUUCUGACCACUUCUAGGUCCAUCAGAUGUUUUUUGACUUUUCUUUUUUUCAUUAUCAUUAUUUUUUUGGAUUUAAACUGGGAUCGUCCCACAUAUGAUCUUCAAUGGAUUCCGUUGGCUCUUUGGUUAGCGUUCAAGAUAAGGACCAGUCAUAUCAUGUCCGAUACAGGAUGGAGGCGUCCUGCCUGGAGCUGGCCCUGGAGGGGGAGCGGCUCUGUAAGGUGGCCGACUACAGCGCGGGGGUGUCCUUCUUUGAGGCGGCCAUCCAAGUUGGCACUGAGGACCUGCAAGUGCUGAGUGCUAUCUAUAGCCAGCUGGGCAACGCCUACUUCCACCUGCAUGACUACGCCAAGGCCUUGGAGUUCCACCAUCAUGAUCUCACCUUGACCAGGACCAUCGGGGACCAGCAUGGAGAGGCUAAAGCCAGUGGUAACCUAGGCAACACGCUGAAGGUGUUGGGUAGGUAUGAUGAGGCUGUGGUCUGCUGUCAGAGGCACUUAGAUAUCGCCAUGGACCUGCACGACAAGGUGGGGCAGGCGAGGGCGCUGUAUAACUUUGGGAACGUGUAUCAUGCCAAAGGCAAGACCAUCUGUUGGAGCGGGGCGGAGCCUGGAGAGUUCCCUGAGGAGGUCAUGACUGCACUUAGGAAAGCAGCGGAAUACUACGAAGCAAACUUAUCCAUAGUGAAGGAGCUUGGAGAUCGUGCCGCCCAGGGCCGAACAUACGGUAACCUUGGCAACACACACUACCUGUUAGGAGACUUCCGGAAUGCAGUGGCAUCACAUGAACAGCGCCUCCAGAUUGCCAAGGAGUUUGGCGACCGCUCGGCAGAGAGAAGGGCCUACUGCAACCUGGGGAACGCCUAUAUCUUUCUGGGGGAAUUUGAAGUGGCAGCCGAGCAUUACAAGAGGACUCUGCAGCUGGCCAGACUGCUGAAGGACCGGGCUGUAGAGGCUCAGGCCUGUUACAGUCUGGGAAACACCUACACAUUGCUCCAGGACUACGAUAGGGCCAUAGACUACCACCUCAAACACCUCAUCAUCGCACAGGACCUCAACGACAGGAUUGGUGAGGGCCGGGCGUGCUGGAGUUUAGGGAACGCUCACACAGCACUGGGGAACCAUGACCAGGCCAUGCACUUUGCUGAGAAACACCUGGAGAUCUCCAAAGAGACUGGUGACCGGAGUGGAGAGCUGACGGCCCGUAUGAACGUGUCGGACCUGCAGAUGGUGCUGGGGUUGAGCUACAGCACCAACAACUCCACCCUGUCUGAGAACCCCAUCAAGGACAUGGACUACAACCUGCACGGAGCCAGGCCCAGGAUGGGCAGACGGCACAGCAUGGAAAACCUGGAGCUCAUGAAACUCAACCCAGACAAGAUCAAUGCUCAGAAGUGGAACAGUGACAUCCUGACCAAGCAGUCUAAACCCACUCUGGCUAAGAGCUCCUCCAAGCUGUUCUUCGUCAGCCGUCUGCGUAGCAAGAAGCACAAGGCUGGGGGCUCCAGUAAAGUCCUGCAAGACACCAGUAACACCCCACAGACCCCCGCACAGGGACCACAGAAGAGGGCCAGUCCAGACAUGCUCGGGGACGAGGGCUUCUUUGACCUGCUGAGUCGUUUCCAGAGCAACAGGAUGGACGACCAGCGCUGUUCCAUACAGGAAAAGAGCUCCUCUGACUCUCCAGCCAGAGCCAUGAGGAAAUCGGUGUCAGAGUCAGCGGCUGUAGCAGGCCUGGGCUCUGGGUCGGGUUCCCGAUUGGAGGACGGUGGAGGUGCUGGGGGUAGUUUGCCAGGCCUUCGGGUCCACCAGAACAAAAGCCAGGCUGUUCUCAGCCACCUGAUGGCCAACGCAGAUAACGCUGAGCCUGACGACGACUUCUUCAACAUGCUCGUCAAGUGCCAGGGUUCCCGUCUGGACGACCAGCGCUGCGCCCCUCCCCCAGCCCGUGGCCCCACCGUCCCAGACGAGGACUUCUUCAGCCUCAUCAUGAGGUCCCAGGCCAAACGCAUGGACGAGCAGCGGGUCACCCUGCCCUCCGCAUCAAGGCCCUGCUCCAACUGAGCCUUGCCCAAGGAGAGGGCCCCCGACGGCAGGGUGAAAACCCAGGAGGUGAACAGUGUGGAACAGGAAGGGUAUUUUGUAUAUGUCCACUGGUGGAGAUGAGGACAUUGAUACUGUACUCAACAGUGGAUGGAGCUAUUUUAUAGACUAACUUUUCAAUGAUUUUUUCUCUCCAUUGCAUAGACUAUUGUGUUGCUUCCAACAAUAAUGGUUGUUGGGAAUCGUCGAUAAUCCUGUCCAUGGUGGGAUUCAGAAGCCUCAUGUUUCCAAGUUGAAAGCACUGCUGGCAUUAAUGUAGUCGCCUAUAGGGAACCACAAUAUACAGUGGAACAUUCAGGAACUCUAAAAGGAACCCACUGAAGGAUUCUAGAAUAUGGAAACAUUUUUCCUUAUGAGGAAUAUUCUACUAUCUGGAACUGUACUGGACAUGUUGUGAAACUGCACAGACAAACAUGAAGUAACAUCAGAUGAGUAGGUUCAGGGCAUUAGGUUUUUAACAAUUCUUAUUUUUUUAUGAUUAUGUACUCCAUAUAAUUUUACUACCAUCACCUGAAAAUGUAUCUUUAGAUACGAGUCAUGACUGCAGUUGUUUGUAUUUAUUGUACAAUUUCUUUUCUAAUUAUUUUGUUUUAAGCUCUUGCAUACUGCCAUUUCACCUCCCUUUGUGGCUUGAUGUGGUAGUUUUUUUGCACCAGAUUUUUCUGACGUAGACUAGUCUCAGACAGGUUCAGCACUAUCUUUCCCGCAGGUAGCCUAGCGGUUAAGGGCAUUGGGCCAGUAACCGAAAGGUCGCUGGUUCGAAUCCUGAGCCGACUAGGUG